AUGGCACCAGCGCUGGCGCCGGCGCCACCACCCCACAAACACAAAGGGAGGGCAACGAUGAUAACAGUUAUCAUCGCUAGCUGCAUAGGCAUCUUCCUGGUGACCGGGAUUAUGCUUCUUCUCAGGUACCUCUUCCGUGGGAGGUUGUCUCGUGUGCCUCCAAGGCAAAGCAUACAACUUGGUAGCUCCGCGCCAAUGCAGUUUUCAGCCAGCCAGCUCAGAGAUGCGACUAACAACUUCACUGACCCUCUAGGCAGCGGUGCAUUCGGUACCGUGUACAAGGGUACAAUGGGAGGGAAGGAGGUUGCCGUAAAGAAGCUUCAUAGCAAGGAUGGAGUCGUAGGGGCAGCCUUCACCAGCGAAGCCCACAUGCUCAUGGCGUUCAAGCAUAAGAAUCUUGUGAAGCUGCUGGGGUACUGCAACACAGGCGACGACAGGUUGCUCUGCUUCGAGUAUCUCAGUGGCGGAAGCAUCGAUAAGCUUAUCUAUAAGGAAAGUGGGUACGUGUUAGAUUGGAGCGGACGCUACAAGAUUGUGCAAAGAAUAUGUUCAGGCCUGCACUACCUACACCACGAACUAGACCAUGAGCAGAACAUCGUGCACCUGGAUUUGAAAGCGAGCAAUGUACUGGUCAGCCACGACGGCGAUGGAGGAGACAUCACCUGUGUGAAGAUCGCCGGCUUUGGCCUCUCAAAGUUCUUCAAGGCGGAUCUAACGCACUCGUACACGGAGCAGGUCGUUGGUCUAAGGGCGUAUAUGGCACCGGAAUACCUCUGCAAGGGCAGAAUUUCGCCCAAGGCCGAUAUAUACAGCUUUGGCAUUCUUAUUCUGGAGAUAGUCACUGGGCGAUGCGCCAAGGUGGGCGAUUCUUCAGGCGACUUCAUCACUUGGGUUCAUGACGAGUGGAGAGGAGACGUCCGAGCUCUCAUGGAUGUUGAUGGCCUGUCGGGUGACUCUAUCACACAAGCCCGCAACUGCAUCGAGGUAGCGCUGGACUGCAUCCAGGAAGAACCCAACAGCAGGCCGGACGGGGAAAUGAUAAGGCAGAGGCUCUCGCAUGUAUGA